AUGGCAAGUACAUCAUUAUGUGCUUCUGAUACAGCAGUGUCUCAAAAUCUUCAGAAAGUAUCCAGUUUUGUGGAAACUAAAACCACACAUUGCUCGUUUUCCAUUGAAAGCAUUUUGGGAUUAGAACAGAAAAAAGAUGGCAUUCCAGCUGCGAAACCUCACAGACCAUGGAUGGAUACAUGCAACAAUUUAGGAGAAGACACUAGUCAGUGUCUGCAGACCCCUGUCAUUUCCUGUAAAGGGCCAUUAUUUAACAGUUACCCGAUGCUGGAGGAAAGAGUUUUGAAAUGUGAAAAAUAUUUUUCAGCCUCUGAAAGGCUAUCUUACAAAAGGGAACUCAGCUGGUACAGGGGUAGGAGACCAAGAACUGCUUUCACUAGAAACCAGAUUGAAGUGCUGGAAAAUAUUUUUAGAGUGAACUGCUAUCCUGGCAUUGAUGUUAGAGAAGAACUAGCUCACAAACUAGAUUUAGAUGAAGACAGGAUCCAGAUCUGGUUCCAGAAUCGCCGUGCAAAGCUGAAAAGAUCCCACAGAGAAUCUCAGUUUAUAAUGGUGAAAAACACUUUAACCUCCAACUUGCUGGAAUAGGAAGA